GGUGACAAGCUCCAGCGGGGGGAGAUUUCAGUGCAGGUGUCCUUGCUUUUCUUUUUUCCCCUGACACCUCGGAGACAAGACCCGACCGUAAGUAGCCUAAGACUGUUGAGGAGGAAUCAAGGCUGAUAAAAUAAUAAAUGUUUGAUCUGCCAUGAAAUCCGAAAAGAGCAGCAAAGGGAAGAUAUGCUCGUCUGGAUGAGAGACCCCCGCUGGGUGAAGACACGCAGCGUAUGUUAGCUGAGCCGUGAAAGCUCGCUGCCAUUGACUGGAGCUGAGGCUGAAAUGGGAGCAAAACGAUGAAAACCGAGCGUUGGAGGGUGAGCAUCAUCAAGCCAAACAUCGCAUCACUGAUCAUUUCAAGCUCAAGAUGGGACUAACCUGAUUUUAUGUCAACGCUGGAUGUGAGGCCACACAUGCACUCACUGGCCCUGCUGUCGGACGAACAAUGCCAAGCUCUCAGGCGCCCGGUAUGGGCACGGAUUUCACUGAUGUUCCCUGGGAGCCUGGUUCCACCGGCUCCAGUCAAGACCCAGUCUGGUCCUCCACUGCUAACAGUGUGGUGAAGAUGGUGCUCAUAUCUCUCAUUGUGUGUGUGUCCUUGUUUGGGAAUGUGGUGGUUCUGCUGGUGUUCCAGAGGAAGCCUCAGCUCCUUCACGUGGCCAACCGCUUUGUCCUCAACCUCCUCUUGGCAGAUCUACUUCAGACCAUAUUAGUCAUGCCCUUUGCCAUUGCAGCCACUGUGCCAGGUGUGUGGCCCCUGGAUGCCCGAUUGUGCCAGGCUCUGGUGGUGCUCAUGCACCUUUUUGCAUUUGCUGGAGUCAACACCAUCAUAGUUGUCUCUGUGGAUCGCUACCUGGCCAUCAUCCACCCUCUGUCCUAUCCCACGCGCAUGACCCCUCAUCUGGGUACCAACCUGAUCAUCUGCACCUGGGUUCUCAGUUUCCUGCAGAGCACGCCUCCCCUCUACGGCUGGGGGGCCAUUGACUUUGAUCGGCACCACAGCGUGUGCUCAGUGGUGUGGUCCUCUAGCCUGUCCUACUCUGCUGUGGUGUCCACUUUCUCCUUCUGGCUGCCUGUGCUCAUCAUGCUCGGAUGUUACUGGAUGGUGUUCAGAGCAGCUCGGAGGCAAAAUGCACUUGUGCACCCCAUACAGACACAAUCCUACUCCCAGCCCUGCCCACAGGACUUCCAGGGACCUAGCAGUCCACAGCGGCAGCCUCAGCCCCAGCACCAGCCCCAGCAGGCCAGUUCACUUGAUGGCCCCUACUCAGCCAGGGGGUACCCUGUUCGAGUAAGGCACAGACGCUUCCACUACCACUGCAAGGCAGCUCGUGUAGUUUUUGUGAUUAUGGCUUCAUAUAUCCUCAGCAUGGGGCCUUACAGCAUACUAAAUACAAUAUCUAUGAGUGCCAGAGCAGCUGUACCCCCAUGGUUGUCCUCCCUUGCCCUUGUGCUCUUCUUUUUGCAGUGCUGCCUCCACCCGUACAUUUACGGUUACAUGCACCGUAGUGUGAGGAAGGAAUUCCUAGCUUUGCUGUGUGGGCUAUUCUGCAAACAGGGUCGUCCCAGCCAGAGCUCUGCCGUGGAGAGCUGCUUCACAACUACAGAGGGACGUUUUGGUGCCCACUCUCACGUGCCCAGCCUGACUGCUCGAGUCUUCCCUCUGCGGACUUGGGAAGAGUGCACAACAUCCUCCUCUCCCACUUGUGAGAGGAAGUCGAGGGACAGCCGUAAAGAGACCACCUCUACCAGCAUCAGCUCUGAGAGGGAGCUCACCGUCCACAGCAAACAAAGCACAUAAACUGCCUCGAGGAUUCAUCGGAUAGACCAUAUUUGGUCUUACUUGAAGAUAUGUAUAUUCAUACAGUGUGUUCACACAUAAGCUAAUAGGCCUACAUGACAACAGGGUUAUUCAUUCUGAAGUCGCUGGCAUUAGGAAUAGUGGUAUUACCUACUUGAUCACCAACAUAAUGAUCUUUUAUUAUUUUGUCAUAAGCUUGAUUAAAUGAUUAACUUGAGGUCCAUUCAUUGUUGCAUUAUGAAUGUAUAAUAGAACUGGCUGUGUGAAAGAAAUCCUAAACAAUGAGUAUUACUUUAUUUUCAUUUGGUCAAAUUUUGAGAAACGAAUAAUGUUUUUUGAGGGUUUUAUAUGUAAAUGUAGUUUUAAGAGUUACCACAUGUCAGAUAAGUCAGAAUGUGAGUAGCUGUUACUAUAUUUUGUCUCUACAAACCAUUACUGUUUUACAUUUAUGCAAUUCAUGGUUCUCACACCUUCUUAAACAUCAAGUUCAAAGACUUUUCCAGGACUUUCCAAGCCCAAUUCCCUCAAAUUCAAGGACCCAACACAGCAUAGAGAGAGAGGCUUGAAUGUGUGAACACUUCUCAAUUCUGCUGUGUUACAGUGAUGUUACUUUAAGUUUAAAAAAAAAGAACUUCAAUUUCUAUUCUUGCACAAAACAUAUAAAUUCAAGCCCCUCAAAUUGACAAAAUUUCAAGGAUUUCAAGGACCUGUGGGAACCCUGGCAAUUAUUGUACUAAAAAUCACUCAAAUUUUUAAAAAUAUUAAAACUAAAGUAAAACCACAUUUAAUUUUUAUUUAACAUUUUUGCCUGCAGGUCUGUUAUAAAUGCCACUGUUUUUUUUAACCUACUCGUGUCGAGAUACAAAUUGUUAUGUUGGAUCAAAGUAGGUGGUGUUCUGACCACUUUGCUCUAAUUAUGGGCCAUAGAUGUCUCUCUGCACAACUACUCUAUGUCCUUUAAACGUUUUGUGUGUUGUAUUCUCUGUGAUUCCUGCCUGAGGGCAUAGGAUGUACUGUCCUUGUGUUAGUACAAGCAAGCUUUGCCUACAACUAACGAACUCAGGGUAUGCUUGCGAAAAUAUUUGUAAUGCCCAUCCCUGUUCUUGAAUCUUGUUGAGCAAGUGAACAUGUGUGUUUACUUCCCUGUCGCAGUAACUGUUGUUAGUCUCAAAGCGCCUUUUGAGUAAAUGAGUAGAAUAUUGGUUUAUUGUGCUAUCCAGUUACAGAACACACAAGAGUUGGUGACUCCCUCUUACUGAUGGGAUGGCCACACAUGGCUGCAUUGUCUUAGCCUAUUUGUUUCCUUGAACUUUAGCUCAGCCGAGGUUGAAAUUUUAUGUCUCACUGUGUGCCACUGUAUAUUUGGUAUUUGCUGCCUUUGUAAUGCCUACCUUUAUUUGAAGCAUGGUAUUUUUGUUGAAAAAAUACCAUGCAUAGAGAGCAGGGUAUGAUAAAAACAUAACUCCAGUGGACUUCUUGCACCUGUUAUUAAACAUAGGCUGGAUGCCGCAAGAUGUUAUGUAACAGAUUUCUUAUAGUCCACUGAACACAUGUAGAUUUGAAAAGAUACCUCCUGAUACAGUAUUUGUAAUAGAAAACCCUGUCUGUUUAAAGCCACAGCAAGGGUGAGUACUUAUGUAAGUUUGAUAUGCUUGCCAUGACUCAUCUCAGAGAAAGGCAAUCCAUUGAGUUGUUUGGGUAGAUGAUGUGUUGCCAAAGGAUGUCAUAGGUGCAUCAUAACAUUAUGUGCAUUAUUUGAAGUGUGUCUAGUCCCCAUUUUGUCAUGUUUUUGUAACCUUUUGGGAACAUAAUUUAGCCAGGGUGCUCCCAGUGUAUUAUUAUUAUUAUUAUUAUUAUUAUUAUUAUUAUUAUCAAACUGAUAGUUUUCUGGGAAAGUGGGAACAAUAUGUAUCGGACCUGACUGGACUUUGAGCCUUGGUUUUAUACUAAAGGCCACUGGAUAAAUCCAUACUACAGUAUUAUAAAUGACAAUCAAACUUGUAUAAUAUGUUUGUCAGAGUGUUGCUCUGUAAAGGACAAAGGGGUACAGUACAGUAUAAUGAAAUUCAUCAUCAAAUGAGAGAAAAUAAUGUUUUUAAGUGCUUUAAAACUGCAUAUUUUUGUGAUUUCUAUUGUGCUUUUGUAUUAUUUCUGGCUCAAACAUCAAAAGCUGUCUGUUGUUUAAUAAAAGUGAAUUAAAUGUAA